AUUGUAUGAACUAUGAAAUGAAAACUGAAAAAGUAAGAUACCAUUAUCGUAAUUAUUCUUAUCACAGUAUCACAUAAAUUUAUUCAUUCUGUGAACUGUGAUAAUAUAUUACUGAUAGCUGGUGAAAUAUUAACAAUUUUUAAGUGAGAGUAAUUCUAUGGUGUAGCUACUAUAAAAAAGCUUUAUAGUUUAUUUUAUUCUCUAUUUACUAAAAAAUAAUAAUAUUUUUGUAUAUUACCUAUAAUCACUAAAGUGUAUUCCAUGGUUAAGAAUUGCAUUGUUCUGUGAAUCCUAUUUGUUCUUGUUAGAUAUUUAUUGCGUAUCCACAUGUCUUCUGCAACUUUUGGCCAAAAAAGUUUUCAACCAACACCUCCUGAAAAGGGUAGUUUCCCAUUAGAUCACCAAGGCCAGUGUAAAAAAACUGCUUACAAAUACAUGUUUUGCUUAAGCGUUAACAGUGGGGACAAUUCACUGUGUCGUCAAGAGGCCAAAGAUUAUUUGGAUUGCCGUAUGCAAAACGAUUUGAUGGCAAAAGAAGAAUGGACUAAACUUGGACUGGCUGACAUCAAAAAUACCAAGGACAGUAAUUCAGCUCAAUAAUCAUGCCACAUGUUCUGAUUGCUUGCAGUGCAAGUGUUGCUGCAAUCAAAAUACCAGAUAUUAUAUCUCAACUCGUUCAAAAGAACAUUUGCGCAACAUUAGUCGUCACAGAAGCUAGUAAACAUUUUUUAGAUGUCGAUAAAAUUAGAAACGA